ACAUAUAUAUAUAUACGUACAUGCAAUAUAUAUAAGUCUCAAUGGAGACAUCACCUGACGUCUGUGAAUCAUCCUGAGAAGAGGCAACAUUCAUGGAAAUCCCAAUUCUUCCUAGUGGCAACACUGCUUGCAGGAAUCCUGAUGCCUUAGAUUCUCUCGGAGAGUGCGCGAGGGCAGUAGUGCGCGAGGCUCGUGGAUAUUCUAGCCUUGGAUUACAAUAUUUAAACAUGAGGACGGGUUUCUAAGCUGGCAGGUAGGACUUUGCAAUGCUGGGACCUUGUUUUCUCUCUUUUUCGCUCUUGCGCUCCCCUCCCCCCUCACAAACACACACUCCCUCUCUACAUAAUUUGAACGUGAAAACAACGGGUACCGAAGUGACACAUUCUGCAUACUCUUCACAAAGCAUGCCUUCUUUAUACACCAAGCACUAUUCUUCAUUAUCUCUCGUGGAAGAAAACGUCUAUUAAAAAUGAAAGUGAAUGUGAAAAUGACCUUGAGGAGAGUCCGUUGGCAACAGGACGAGAGGCCACACCCUCCUUUCUUCUCUCGGCGCAGACCACAUACGUACCCGCUCAGUCAGCGUCCACCUCCGAAAUGGCUCCGUCUCUGUCCAAGCUGACCCCCGCCUUGUACGAGAUGACCACUCAGACGAGCAAGAAGGUGCUCUCGUUCGUGCUAGAGAAAGGCACUCCCAGGAGGCAGGCUGGCAAGACCUUUUACGAGUACCUCAUACAGGUGAAGAUGAUCACUAUGGCAACAAUACGCAAGAAGUUUAAUCAGAGUCAAAGGAAAAAGAUGGAAAAGGGUGGUGAUAUCACGACAUUUGAUGUCUCACUUUUAUAUAUCUGCAUCAUAUUCGGCUGUGAUGGAUUGGCACCUCCGGGAGAUGCUCAGUGGACGAUGUCAGGAGACACACUAGAGUGGUGUGUGACAUCCAUCAAGAAUCGUAGGAAUGACUUCCUCCAUGAAGAGUAUGUUGUGGAUGAUCAAUCUUUUUUUAGGGUGAUAGAGGAGCUGAGAGAUCUGCUCAAUAAGGCCCUCAAGAAAGCAGCCGAAAUCUACAACAUAGAUGAUGAUAUCAUCCAAGGUAAAUUGGAAGAUCUAAACAAAGAGAUCAACAGUCUCAGAGACAAUCCCUCACAGACAUCAGUUUGUCAUGGAAUAGUUCUCGACAGACUGCGCCAGCAGGUGAAAGUCGAAGGGAAACGGGAGCUGAAGAAGAUUUACAGAAAGGAGUCCAGUUUUGGACCAGCUUCGAAUUUGCUUGGGAAAUCGAAGGUGCGUGUGGACAAGGUCUUCACCACAAUGGAAAUCAAGCACGAAGGCUCACAAACACAUGAGCUCGUGCAAUAUAGUGAACUUCUUGCAAAAGCAGAGGAGAGACGGGAGCAGAAAGGGAAAGACUGUUCCGUGUUGCUCAUCGAAGGGCCUGCGGGUGUUGGCAAGACAACCCUCACAAGAAAGAUGAUAAGUGACUGGGCCUCAGGCACUAGUUCCAUGGAGACUCUCACUGAUUAUGAUUUUGUAUACUUAAGUAGGUGCCGAGACGAAAUAAAUUCCCUUGGCCACCUCCUUGGCUCUUUGAUGCCCAAAUCUAAAAUUAAAGUCCAAGGCGAACAUGGUCUGAUUGAGUGCAUUCAGCAAAAUAGACUCAUGUUCAUUGUGGAUGGGCUCGAUGAACUUCAUCCAUCAACAGAUAGAGUGCUGAGAGAAAUCAUGGGGAUGGGCAGAACCGACGACAUAACUGUUCUCUGCACAACAAGACCCAACAAAGUCCCUGACUUCAACAAAUAUGUGCCAGAGAACUAUGACAUUAUGUAUAUCAAGGUUUUGGGCAUAGAAGAGAACAAACGUGAAGAGUUUGUCAAAAAUUAUAUUCAGGCUUUACAAGAACCAGGCCCCAUGAACAGAGAUGUCUCUGGUCUCCUCCAGUAUCUGGCAAGGAAAGACAGCCGGAUGCAAGCCCACUGGCGGUUCCCCUUCAACUUGGUCCUCGUGACAAUAUUAUGGUUCCUUGACCCACAUGCAGUGAACAGUCUGACCACGGCGACAGAACUCUUCACAAAGACACAUGAGAUGUGCAUAAAAAGAUUACUUCAAAGGCUGUCUGACCAUGAAGAAACUAGGACUGUCGAAGGUGCUGAACUGAAAGAUAAAGUUAUGAAGGUAAUGAAGAAGCUCUGCAAAGAGGCCUUCAUUAACCACUGUGGGGAUGCUGUAGUUCUGUCCAAGCCUUCAGUACAAAGGCUGAAGGAGGCAUGUCGCCUUCCAAAGCUUCCAGCAAAUGAGGUUCUUGGAGCCUUCCUGAUCCAAGCAACUUCUCUGACUGGUGAUGAUGUGAAGUAUAGUUUUCCCCAUAAAGCCGUUCAAGAUUUUUAUUCGGCUAUGCAUGUGAUGGAGAUCAUCACGGCAGAUGAACUAGGACUAAAAAUAACUGAAAUAAUAGAUGGAUUUGAGAACGUUCUGAAUUAUCAAGAAGUUCCUCAAAACAUUAGCAGCUCCCUUCUUUAUCAGUUUAAUUUGGUUUUAUUGAAAUGCCAACGUGAAGCAGCCAGGCAAUUGCCUAAUAUCCAGAGUGUUUUAGAAGGAGCCACCAAGGAAGCUGCCAUAUACAUUGGCAAAAAAACAAAAUUAGACUUGGAUAAAUACCAGAACAUUUUCAUCCAUCUCACGGGUUUGCUUCACCUCAGAGGAAAGCCACUGGCAGAGAAAAGAUCAAAGGAGCUUGUGGAAUUACUCAAGGCCACUGGUAUACGUGAUGCAUCUCAGUGGCUGGACUUGCUGUCCGAGGUCAAGUGCGACGGCACGAUGAGGAAAUUGCUUGUCAGAGCGAUAGAUCUCACGGGACGCAUAGAAAUAUCCGACGGCCAUUUAGCUGCAUUCAUGCAUGUUCUGAGCCACGCACGCCCAUCAUGCUUGAUCCUGAACAUCAGCGGUAAUCCCGGGGACAUCCCGUGCCUGCGGGAUAUCCUCGUGGGGAUGACAGACACGACGUGGAAGGUGGAGCUAAUGCUUCGCCACGACUUCCGCCACCCGAGAGCCGGCGGGAGCGUCCUCGAUGAUACUCUUCAGCAAGUUUUCCGAAGCGGACGCCUCCAAGUCACGAGGUUCAGAGGGCAGCUGAGCGGAUCGGCCUUGGCGGCGCUGCCCUCGAGUCUCAAGCAUCUAUGUUUGGCCGUCAAGGACGACGACCACUACCGGGAACUUCUUCCCGCCCUGUCAUCGUUCCCAGGGCGGCUGCCACGGCUUAAAUUGCUUGGCUUGCACGUGGCUGCGUGGCUGGACGCAGCGUCGCUUCGUCCUCCGCCCGGCGUGGAAUUUCCUCGCUUGUGGGUGAGCGGCGUCGAGGAAGCGACGUUCGAGGGGGCGAGUCGGGUCGUCGCGGCGCUGCAGCCCUCAGGAGGGUACUUCGAGCUGCUCUUCCCUGGGGCGUCCGAGGAGGAAGAGGCUCUCGCUCGCCUCGUUGAGCAGCUCGGCCGCGAGGGAGUCCGAGUCGGGGGAGGAGUGGUUGCGUCUCCCGAAAUCGACGUAGGAAAAGCAGGGCGGCUGAAAGGCCUCGUGGGAAGGGGGUUGGGCUGUGGCUUUUGGACGUGUGAGGAUGACAUAAUCUGGAGAUUCGGUCUUUAUAGAAUCCAACGCCAGAGGUAGCCGAGGGGAGGUGGCCAGUGCUGACCCUCACCCUGCAGUUACAUGUACUUCAUACAUGUGCAGCUAAUAUGAAAAUUGAUUUGCUGUCUAGUGAUUAGAAUACAUUUUACAAUUUUACAAAGGUAUCAAAUCAUUUGUAUUUCAGGAUGAUAGACAUUAUGGCAGACGAUUUUGCUUCAGUCAAGGGAUGUUAGUUACAUAAUCUAGUGUUUGAUUAUAAGUGUUCCCUUUAGAGUUCGACAUUUGGUAUUUUUCAUUCUUCUCUUUCAUAUGGAUGCUGAUGUCAGGAACCUUUCCUCAUUCCCUGGUAUUUUUAGUUGAGAUUUCUGUGCUGAUGAACUUGGUUAAUAUUCAUGUGGAUUGAGAUUCCUUUCAUUACAGAUAUACAGUUAGAUAACAUGUUCCAAUUUUUCCUUGGGAGAAUAUUGGACCAAUAAAUAAUACGAAAGA